CUCUCAAUCAGGGGACUACCGCCAACGUACGUACGUACGUACGUAGGACACGCCCACAAUCUGGACUCGCUCUUGCAUGGACGAUAUUUAAUCACGGGGGUGAUUUUCGAUACAAUUUCGUGUGUGCUCUCAGGAUGUUUCCAACCUGUGGUUCACCUCGAGGAUCUAGAGGUGCCUCUUUUGCACAAAUCCUCAUGAAGAAUUUACCUGCAACUUCAGGACUGGCAACAUAUGAACCUCUGCCAGCUUCGAACAGUCCUAGCCAGGAUGUGAACAAGCAACAAGUGACAAAGACAUUCACAUCUGGUUUCGCUGACAGGACAAAAGUUUCACCUAAAACACUGAUUGACAGAUUCAGGAAUGCCGAGAUCAACGCUGUGUCUCUGCUCCAUCAGCUCGCCGCCACUUUGCAGUUCCACCUGGAAAUAAAGGAGACAGUAACCCCAGAUCACAUCCGACCAGGCUUGUACUUUGCCUUUUGUGUGGUGGUCGACGGGGUACGGUACAGGACGGGCAUGGGAAUAACCAAAAAGAAGGCUCGGCUCAACGCAGCGGAGCUUGCCCUGAAGGACCUGCUGCCCACUUUGGAAAGUGACCGUUCUGUCCUCCCUGAAGCAUCAGGUGGUCCUCCACCCCUACCAGUAAAAGAUGAGCCGUUCAUGCCUGACACCCCUCACCGUAGGACCAUUAACGAAAGGAAGACUUUGGUGAACUACCAGAUCCCAGAUGCUGUCAGGGAUCAGCUCACUAAACUGAUGAACAGCCAUCCUGAGUUCUCUGCCUGUGCUGGAACCACAGCAGCAUUCAUCCUUCAGACCUCAAGCGGAUGUGAGGUCGUUGCUUUUGGCACCGGAAACUUCAACACCAAUCAGAGUGCUUCACCCUGUGGACGGAUAGUGCACGAUUCACAUGCAGUGGUUACUGCGAGGAGGUCGCUCAUGAGGUUUCUGUACCGGCAUCUGCUGAUGUUCUUCAGCCAAAUAGCCAACCUGAUCCAGAAGUCCAUCUUCCAGCAGAGCAGCAGCAGCGGCCUCCUCAGCCUCAGGGGCGGCAUCACCCUCCACCUGUAUGUGAACCAGCUGCCGAAGGGUGCUGCUGUCCCCUCACAGCUGCGGCUGAGCCCCUUCUCCAUGUCAGCAUUGCAAGUCAACAAUGAGGUCAGCCUCCACCUGGCAGUGGAGGGCAAGGUGUUCUCUGCGUUCUCGUUGCCCAUUGAUCAGUCUGUCCAAAAGGUGAUCAGCAUGUCUGCCACAGACAAACUCACUCAGUGGCAGGUGCUUGGAUACCAGGGAGCCUUGCUCAGCCACUUUAUAGAGCCUGUUUAUGUCCAAAGCAUCCUCAUAGGUGACUGUCAGUGCGGUGACAUCAGUGGGAUGGAGAUCUCCAUCAACCAGCGUGUGGAGGGUGUCACCCCCCAGCUGCCCAUGUUCUACUGCAUGAUGAGGCCCCAGAUCAGCCUGGUGCCCUCCGUGGCCACCAACCACUCCGACAACAGCGAGUUGACCUGCAGCAUCAAUUGGUGCGAGGGAGACAGCUCCCCGGAGGUUGUGGAUGGCCUAGAGGGCAAGACUCUGGAGGAAUCUCCCUUUAAGAGCGGCCCUGCUCUGGCAAGCCGUCUGUGCAAGGCCGCGAUGCUGCACCGCUUCAAGUUGGUGGCCAAAGAGUCCCAGAGGCAGGACCUGCUGGCCCCAAGCUCCUACAGAGAAGCCAAGAAAAUGUCGAAGCCGUACCAGGAGGCCAAGAGCAUUCUGCGAGCGUACCUGCAGAAGCAGGGCUUUGGUUCCUGGCUGGCUAAGCUUUCGGUUAGUGACAACUUCAGCAUGUGAACAAUACUAACUUUGGAAAGAACUCUGUCCGUAAGACGCUCUUAUUUUACUCAGAUGCUCAGUUUUUGUUUUUCCCUGUUCAUAUUUAAAAAGUUGUUCUGUGUUUGUCUAAAUUUCAAAAGAUGAAAUAGGACAGUUGAUUUAGCAGUCAUUCUUUAAAGCAAGUAACUUGCUUUGUAGCCCAGUCCGUACCUCUAUCAGGGUAAGGGUGUUCAUUUUUAAACCAUACACUACGUUUGGUAACAAGAGCAUGUUACUGUUGGCUGCUGAAAUAGUAUUUUAUGCUAUGAUGUGUGUGUGAAGUGUUACCUUUGGUAUCCUGCUCUCCAUCUCUGCGUUAUGUUGCUAAGGGCUCUAGGGGGGGGUGGAAUGUUGUCAUUGGCCACAUAAGAUAUUUGAGUUUAGUCUCUCCAAAGUGUUUUCAUUCAUGAAUAAACUUUUCUUUGGUCCAGAUUUA